AUGGCUACGGCUGCGCGAGGGGCCAGCGAGCCGCCAUCCCGUCCAGAGAUUGGCGAUACCCUCCUAGUGAUUCAUGAUUUCAUAGCACGAAGUUCCGAUGAGCUUAGCCUGUCCAAAGGUGACAGGGUCGAACUGAUCGAGCGAGAUGACGAAUUUGGUGACGGGUGGUUUUUGGGCCGCCAUCUCGUAAAUGACAAUACUGGCCUUUUCCCUGAAGUUUAUACACGUCCCGCCCCUAAAAACGUACCUGGCCUACCCCCUUCUCAACUUUCACAAUCGUCUCAACUUUCGGCGCUGGCCCCGCAGGGCAACGAUGCUGCUGUCGUUGGUGUUGCCAAUGAUCCGAAACCGUCGACCGCACUUCCAGAGCCUUCCUCGACGCAGCCACCACCCGCCAAUGUCGUGGAGUCUACAACAUCGCUCCCUUUACAAAUGAAGACCGAAAUCUCGGCAUCUCCGAGCAUAACCACAACCAGCUCGCCUGCACCCGAGACACAUCGGACCCAAAGUCAGACGCAAGAUAGCCAAGUACUCAACGACACGCUGAACGUCAUCAAUGAGCAUAUUACGCAUUUGAGGGGUUCGCCAAGUAGCGGGGGACUGCGAAUACCGGCUGCAGCAAACGAUUCUGGUAGCGAGUAUAGUAUGCCACUAGACCAUCGAAUGUCAUAUAUUCAGGGCGAAGAGACCGACGAAGAGGAGGACCGAGAUCAUAGCAGAUCCGAAGUUGAGUCCUGGAGUGCAGAACAGGUCGCUGAAUAUUUGUUCACGGCUGGUGUCGAAAAACAACAUUGUGAAGUAUUCAGGGACCAGGAAAUCACUGGCGAAGUUCUUUUGAGCAUGGAUCAGAGCUCUCUUUUCAUCAAGGCUUUCGACCUGGGCUCAGUUGGAAGACGGCUGAAGACAUGGCACAAGAUCAAAUCCCUUCAAGAUGAAGCCAAUAGCAACCAGACGAGGCGAACAACACGAACUUGGGGGAGCGAAAUCGGGUCCGAGGAUGGCAAAGGCGCUAGAAGUCGAACGAACACUACCACAACCUCAUUAUCGAAUCGCAUCUCGGCACAGAGAUUGUCGACUGGCCAGACGCCCAAGGUCAGCCCCACGGCAUUGAAAUCACCUCUUUCAGUCAGCAGCUCUCAUGAUAGCCCGACCCGACCCGUCCACACCAAACGACCCUCGGCAGCCUCAGUUCGAGAGCUUCACCACUCACGACGCCAUUCUUCCACCGAUUAUCGUGCUCCAGCGCCGCCGAUUACCGGGGUCAUACCAGGGACCACGCCACCUGCGUUGUCUCCGAACGGAACGAUGUUAAGCCCUGUGGCCCAUAAGAAGCAAGCAUCUUUUGACCGGAAUUGGACACUUGGAAACGCAUUUGGUCAGACACCGCCUGCGCGACCUCUCUCUUCGGCCGGCCUCCAGGAUUUGGUGACUGGUUCAGACCCAGACCUUCAAGACUCAGCAGUAGAUUUGGACCGCGGUUACUUCUCUGGAGCGGAAACAGAUGCAAGACGGCGCAAUGUUUUAAGGAAACGGGAUGGAACGACUCACUCAAGACAAUCAAGCUAUGCUGAGGAGCAGCGAGUUCGCAGUGCCACAGCCUUGUCAAGACAUUCCAGAUUCGGCAGCGUUGAUUCCUUCAGAGAUCCUACUCUGUCACCUGCGGUCCAGAAAUACUAUGGCGUACAGUCAACGACACAUAGGAGGACGGCUUCGACAAACACUACUGAAUCCGUUCGGCCAAUCCCGCCAGCUAAGGAUGGACCACCUGCUCCAAUUGUUACGCGUAUAGACACAGGAUUGAACCCUACUCGAUCACCGGCAUCACCAGUCAACGCCACUGGUGGCAAGCAAGGAGGAUUUGCGCCCGAUUGGCUAGCUGCUGUUGUCAAUAAGCCUAUGAGCAGAGGUCGUCCAGGCAUGCGGGCAAUUUCAGACAAGCUCACUCAUCGCUCAAAGGAUAUGACAACACAAGACGGUGGACUUGACUCACCUGGACGUGCAACAUCUAGCACAGCUUCUGGAGAGCCCAGCCUUGACAUCGAAUCCCCUGGCACUGGCAAGAGCUUCAAUGCGGCGCCGGCGAACAAGAAUAAGGGCAGGAAGAACAAGAAAGACACCAGUGCGUACACACGGGGACUCUUGAAGAUUUCACCUUUGGAAGCCAAGCAAGGCGCCGACUACUAUGGAUGGAUGAAGAAAAAGAGCUCGAAUCUCAUGACGACCUGGAAGCCGCGACUGUUUGUGCUCAAAGGACGACGCCUGGCCUACUACUACUCGGAGGACGAUGAUCAGGAAAAGGGGCUCAUCGACAUCUCCUUCCAUCGUGUUCUGCCAGCGGACAACGAGCGGUUGACUGGUUUACACGCAACCAUCACUGGCGCAGUGGGCGGGCCUAGCCUCCCCAUCAUCGGCAACGACUUUGACAAGAGCAGUAACGAGUCCGUCUUCAUCUUCAAGCUCAUGCCUCCUCGAGCCGGCCUCUCGAGGGCAGUCAAUUUCACCAAGCCCACAGUACACUACUUUGCCGUGCCCAACAUUCAGCAAGGCCGCCUGUGGAUGGCCGCCCUGAUGAAGGCCACCAUUGACAGAGACGACACCCAACCCAUUACAACCACGUACCAACAAAAGACCAUUUCCCUCAGCAAAGCCAAGCAAAUGCGCCACCGGCCCCCGGCCCUCAUGAACCUCGAAGAAGCAGCCGAAGACGAAGCCAAGCCCGACAGUCCCAAACCAACCAACGGCCUAGGCAUCUUUGGCGAAUCCGACAGCGGCGUCUCAGGAAUGGACAAGCUCGCUGGCGCCGGCGCCGGCACCGCAAACCCUGACGCGCGCACCCCUUCUCUCGAAAAAGUCGAGCCACUUGCUCCUGCACCGCCUCAAAGCGCAUAG